UUCAGGAAAUAAAUAAGAAAAUUAACAUCACUUAGAUUCCCCUUUUACCUCGAUACCCAAUUCCACUUUGUGUCAUUAAUUCUAGUUUCAUCAUGAGACCAAGUGCGCGGCACCUGUUCAAGGCAUGCCGUCGCCUCCAACAUGAGAACCCUUUGGGCUUGCCUAGAUCAGGUACUGCACCUCAUUGGCCCAAAAAGCCUCAACGAAGGAACAUCCCAAGUGUGGCAAAAGUCAUUGCUGUUUCGUCAGCCAAAGGUGGCGUUGGGAAAAGCACCGUGGCAGCAAACUUAUCAUUAGCUUUUGCCAGACUUGGUUAUAAGUCUGGAAUCCUUGAUGCCGACAUCUUUGGUCCCUCAGUCCCGACAUUAUUCGACCUCUCUGGUGAGCCUCGAUUAUCAGAGCACAACCAGCUCAUCCCACUUACCAACUAUGGCGUCAAGACCAUGUCUAUGGGCUACUUGGUUGGUGAGGAUGCACCCGUAGUCUGGCGAGGCCCAAUGGUUAUGAAGGCCGUCCAACAAUUACUCCAUGAGGUACACUGGGGCGGCCUAGAUGUUCUAGUUCUUGAUUUACCACCUGGCACUGGCGAUACACAGCUUACCAUUACACAACAAGUAAUCCUUGACGGUGCUGUUAUCGUUACAACACCGCAUACUCUUGCUACAAAAGAUGCCGUCAAAGGUAUUAACAUGUUCAAAACCGUCAACAUCAAUAUCCUCGGCCUAGUACAGAACAUGUCACUGUUCAACUGCCCGCAUUGCCACGAAUCAACACAUGUCUUUGGGUCUAAUGAGCGCGUGUACAAGAUGUGCAAUGAUCAUGCCAUUGACUUCCUGGGCGAUAUACCACUACAUCCCAAUAUUGGAGACGACGGUGACAGGGGCAAACCGACUGUUGUUUCAGAACCAGAGAGUGAGCGAGCAACCGCAUUUUUGGAUAUUGCCAAGGGUAUUGCGAAGAAGGUGGGACUGGAAGAGCGUUCACUUUCAUAGAGAGCAUAUAAGCUCAUGUACAAAUCUGUAAAAUAAUG